GUUCCCUUCUGCCUUCAGUCUUCUCUGCCGAUUUGUUUUAGAGAGAGAGAGAGAGAGAGAGAGAGAGAUGGGAAAUACCAGCAAGGACCUUCUACACUUGGAGCACAAAAAUCCCUCCGCUUCAUCGCUAGAAUCCGCACUACUUGUUUGUAAAAAUGAUUCUCAAAGAAAGAAGGAAACUAAACCCCAUGAAAAGCCCAUCACUGCUCCUAUUCCCCAGAGCCAAGUUCUGGGUAAAGUAAAAGACUUCUUGGGAGUCAUAUCAGAAGCUAAUAAAAGUUUGGAGCUUGAUGCAAAGGUCAAUGCUGAAAACUAUGAUAUUGAAGCGCUUACUGGAGAUGAAUCUCAAGUCAUUGAAAUGGACUUGAUGCUGGGAAUUGCUGAUCUUCAUACUCCGGAAGCUGUGGCUGCUGCUGAAUCUGCCAUUUCUGGUUAUCAGCCAGCGAUUCCUUUGGCUGAUAGCAGCAGUGAGUCAGAAUCAGAUUCAGAUCCAGAAUCGGAUUCGAAUUUAGAUACAGAUUCUGAAUCGGAGGAUAGCAGUGACAAGGGCGAGACAAUUAAUGGCGACGAUAACGACGAAGAUAGUGAAAACCAAAAUUGUAAAAAACUCUCUUCCAUGAAGCCGAAAACAUCCAAAUCUGACAAGGGUAAUUCUUCAGGUGAAGUUACAAAAAAUAGAAAGUCAAGUAAGAGGCCAAAGAUUGUCGAACUUUGACGUAAAUAUUCCUAAUGAGUGUUUGCAGGAGGGAAUAUCUUGAUUAUGUUGGAAGUGUAUGUUUGAGAAUGAUUACCUUGUACUAUAUAUUAUAUAGUCAAUGAUACGAAUAUUUUUGUU